CCGCGCGGGCGCGCCUGACGACAGCUGCAAAGCACUUUUUCAGCAGCCGCAAGUGAGGGGUCCGGCGCAGCGACCCGGUGACCCGCCGUGCCAGCCCGCGGCCUCCGCGCUACCUGAGCCAAUGCUAGAUCUGGAGGUGGUGCCCGAGCGGUCUCUGGGGAACGAGCAAUGGGAGUUCACCUUAGGAAUGCCGUUGGCUCAGGCUGUAGCAAUUCUUCAGAAACACUGUCGCAUUAUCAAAAACGUCCAGGUUCUCUACAGUGAGCAGUCACCUCUUAGCCAUGACCUCAUCCUUAACCUGACUCAGGAUGGAAUCAAACUGCUGUUUGAUGCUUUCAAUCAGAGACUUAAGGUGAUUGAAGUUUAUGACUUGACUAAGGUGAAGUUAAAAUAUUGUGGUGUCCAUUUUAACUCUCAGGCAAUUGCUCCAACCAUAGAACAAAUUGAUCAGUCAUUUGGAGCAACACAUCCAGGAGUGUAUAACUCAGCUGAGCAACUCUUUCACCUCAAUUUCAGAGGACUGUCAUUUUCUUUUCAGUUAGACUCCUGGACUGAAACCCCGAAGUACGAGCCUAACUUUGCCCACGGUCUGGCCUCUCUGCAAAUUCCACAUGGCGCGACUGUGAAACGCAUGUACAUCUACAACGGAAACAGUCUGCAGGACACCAAGGCUCCCUUGAUGCCUCUCAGCUGUUUCCUUGGGAAUGUGUAUGCUGAGAACGUCGAUGUUCUGCGAGAUGGAACUGGACCCUCAGGUUUACGGCUUCGCCUACUCACUGCAGGCUGUGGCCCAGGUGUUUUAGCCGACGCCAAGAUGCGGGUAUUUGAGCGCUGUGUGUACUUCGGUGAUUCCUGCCAGGAUGUGCUCAGCACCUUGGGCUCUCCACACAAAGUCUUCUACAAGUCGGAAGACAAGAUGAAAAUCCAUUCGCCCUCGCCCCAUAAGCAGGUCCCAUCAAAGUGCAAUGACUACUUCUUCAAUUAUUUCACACUUGGAGUGGAUAUUCUAUUUGAUGCAAACACUCACAAGGUGAAAAAAUUUGUCCUGCAUACAAAUUAUCCUGGUCAUUACAACUUCAACAUUUACCAUCGCUGUGAAUUCAAGAUUCCACUCAUCAUUAAGAGAGAUAGUGCUGAUUCACAGACAGAAACAUGUACAACAUACAGCAAGUGGGACAGUAUUCAGGAUCUACUGGGGCACCCUGUAGAGAAGCCAGUGGUACUUCACAGGUCAUCAUCUCCGAACAACACUAACCCAUUUGGGUCAACCUUUUGCUUUGGACUGCAGCGAAUGAUCUUUGAGGUGAUGCAGAAUAAUCACAUAGCUUCUGUUACUCUGUAUGGCCCCACACGGCCCAGCAGCCAGUUGAGAACGUCGGACCUUCCCCAAAGCCUUUCCACCCAGGAGUGGUGUGGAGAGGAAAUUCUCUCAACCCUUCAUCAUGGGGCAUGGAACUGUUGAUGGAGGAAAGCAGCUUGGGUGCCUGUGCCGUCAUUUAUUCCUCUCCGUUGCCCUCAUCCUAUGCAGCACAGACCUGAAGAGACUGUCCCUCCUUCUCAGCUGGCAGAAGGGGGAAAUGGAAGAGGGGCACGUAAUGACUGCAAGAAUUAGAAGCACAAACUUUCUGAGCCUUGGAGCAUCUGGAAGCAGGUAUUGAUUUUAGUCUGUUUGUGUUACUGUAUUGAUGUGGUGGUCACAUUUUAAGAAAACGUGUGUGUAUAUAUAUAUAGAUCUAAACACCUCGGUAUUUCUGUGGCUUAGGACAUUGUACCAAGUGUGACAAGGAUGUAUAUAUGUCCAUGAUUUCAGGCACCACAUCUUUGUGUAACUUUAAACCAAGCAAGUAGCAUGUGCAUAAUACUUGGUUGUAACAUUUGCACUACAUACACUUUAAUUACUUGAUAAACGUUUAUCUUCACUGAGGAGCAUCUGUGUACUGGGAGUGAGUGGGGUGUGGUGGUUAUUUAAUGUACACUGCGCAUAAAGCUUAUUUAUACAGUGGAUCAAAUUUAUCCACCUUCCUGCACUAAUAUGUACUUGAUAUGCUGAUACAAUUUUUUUCUGUCAUGGCUGGUUUACUAAUUUUUUUUCAUAUGCAAUUUUGAAAGAAAAAAAAAAACUUCUGGAAGGGGUUAUUUCUAGGAUUGAAUUAUGUUUUAAUGAAAAGAUUUGAUACAAUUUUUCAUACUAGUGAAAAAUUUAACGAAGAAAUAAUGUUGCCUCAUUUGCCUCUGUUCCAAAAUCCUUUAUUCCUACUCUAUUUCCUCAGAGAAAGGAAAGCUGUAUAUAAUGGUAUCUCAGAAAUUCUGGAAAUCCGCCAUCACCAAGAUAACCUUUUCUGUAACUUUUGAUGUGUGAUUUUAAUUUAUGCCAAAGGUUUAGCCAAAGACAUCCUCGAUGUAGUUUCACCAUUUCUGUACAUAUAUGCUAACUGCACACCCCACCCCAGCAGACAGGAUAUAGGCUUCUUUCUAGUUGGGAGAUGCUGCUCGAGACAUUUUAUCCCAGGAGGAUACUUUAGGUUUCUAGUUCUCUUACCAGUCUUAUUUGGGAGAAAUAGGUGGUCUGUCUUUGAAAUAAUGAACCCUUUUUAAAAAUGGACAAGAGAAAUGUAUAAUUUUAUCCCAUUUUUAAUAUUUUGGUGUCGCAACUUGUGAUACAUAGAUGACAAUUUUGUGAGUUUUACUAUGUGUGUACAGAUUUUUGUAAAUAUGACAUUUUUGUAAUUUUAACUCCAUGUACAGUGUAAUCCUGUAUAGUUUAUCAAUGAAUGAGAGAUAGGAAAUCGAAUGUUAACUGAAGUUUUGGAUCCUGGACCAGUAGCAGGGAUAAAUGUGUGUGUGUGUGUGAGACGUUCUUUGCCGUUUAGUCUUCCUGUAUACUGUGAUACUCUAAACUGUUUUGCUAAAACAAACAAAAAAGCCCCAUGGAGAAUCUAAUGGAUAAGGAAAAAGUUACUGUUUACCUUUAUCCCUAGGUGUCACUCCUGUUGAAUCCCUGUUCAAUCUGUGCUGUCUCCUGUGAUCGUUGCUUGCUAAGAAAAUUCUAUGCCUCAAUCUUCCUUUUUGUUUCCUCUCUAAUUUUAAUUUCAUUUUACAUAGCCCUUCUGUAAAUUAAAUGGAAUAAUUAUGAGCAUGUACACUGAAAGAAAAAUAAAAAGAGACUCUCAGUUACUGUUUUUGUGUUAAAUACAGUUGCUGGGUGUUUUU